UCGCUCUUCCUCCUCCUCCUCCGGCGCCCCGCGGCCCGCCGCCUCCUCCGCCCGGCGCCCGGCGCCCCUCGCCGCGCCGCCGCCCUCGGCGCCCCGCGGCGCCCCCCGGUCCCGCCCGCCAUGCCCGGCCCGGCCGCGGGCAGCAGGGCCCGGGUCUACGCCGAGGUGAACAGCCUGAGGAGUCGCGAGUACUGGGACUAUGAGGCUCACGUCCCGAGCUGGGGUAAUCAAGAUGAUUACCAACUGGUUCGAAAACUUGGUCGGGGAAAGUAUAGCGAAGUAUUUGAGGCCAUUAACAUCACCAACAAUGAGAGAGUGGUUGUAAAAAUUCUCAAGCCAGUGAAGAAAAAGAAGAUAAAACGAGAGGUUAAGAUUCUGGAGAACCUUCGUGGUGGAACAAAUAUCAUUAAGCUGAUUGACACUGUGAAGGACCCUGUGUCAAAGACACCAGCUUUGGUAUUCGAAUAUAUCAAUAAUACAGAUUUUAAGCAACUUUACCAGAUCCUGACAGACUUUGAUAUCCGGUUUUAUAUGUAUGAACUACUUAAAGCUCUGGAUUACUGCCACAGCAAAGGAAUCAUGCACAGGGAUGUGAAACCUCACAAUGUCAUGAUAGAUCACCAACAGAAAAAGCUGCGACUGAUAGACUGGGGCCUUGCAGAAUUCUACCAUCCUGCUCAGGAGUACAAUGUCCGUGUGGCCUCCAGGUACUUCAAGGGACCAGAGCUCCUUGUGGACUACCAGAUGUAUGAUUAUAGCUUGGACAUGUGGAGUUUGGGCUGUAUGUUAGCGAGCAUGAUCUUUCGAAAGGAACCCUUCUUCCACGGACAGGACAACUACGACCAGCUUGUUCGCAUUGCCAAGGUUCUGGGCACAGAUGAGCUGUAUGGGUAUCUGAAGAAGUAUCACAUAGACCUAGAUCCGCACUUCAACGAUAUUCUGGGACAACAUUCACGGAAACGCUGGGAAAAUUUUAUCCACAGUGAGAAUAGACACCUCGUCAGCCCCGAGGCCCUAGACCUUCUGGACAAACUUCUGCGAUACGACCAUCAACAGAGACUGACCGCCAAAGAGGCCAUGGAGCACCCGUACUUCUACCCCGUGGUGAAGGAGCAGUCCCAGCCCUGUGCGGAUAAUGCUGUACUUUCCAGUGGCCUCACGGCAGCCCGAUGAAGACUGGAAAGCGACGGAGGUGGGACGAAAAUCCAAAUCUUCAAGAACCGUGGAAUCGACUUUCCUCCUGUUUUCAGAAAAGCAACAUUGCCUGGUUGGCGAUCCUUUACAAAUGACUACUGCAGGCACAAGUGGCCGCCUCUGUACCACUGGAUGACUGAUCUGUGAUUUCUGUGCUGCUGCCCUUAGAGGGAAGGAAAAUGCCAUGUUGAAUCCUGUUUGCAUAAAUAAAAAUGUUGAUCAUCACCAGCCGUCCCAAGAGGGCGAUGCACCACUGCUAUGAGGACCUUAUGCUUGUGUUUCCUGUCUCUUGGGGGAGAGGAGGGAUAAAUCUUGAACUGCAAAGGUGUUUGGUGGAUGUAGUUAAUCACCCUGGUGUGAAGACUUAGUAGGAGAAAUGGGAUGGGCACGUCUGGUUCUUGCUUCUGAAUUGCACCCCUCAGACACCUGCUUCUUGGGACUGACCUACGUAACUGCACGACUCGGACGUUUGUGGCAGUGUCCUGCAUUUAUGCGAGUCUCUUCCCCACCCCACUCCUAGCAGCACUGGUGGGUACAUGCUGUUUGGCAGAUGGUGGUGUCUUUAAUAUUCUUCUCCCCUACUCAUCUCUCUGUGGAGCUGGAUGCUUGGACAUCAGUUUCUGAAGUGCUUAAAGGCAAACGGGCAUUUCUCAACUUUAUGCACCACGUGGCCUUUCUCGAAUGCUAAGCAGUAGGAACCCUUCCUUUACCCCAAGAAAGGGGUCAUGGAGUGAUGUUGCUGGGUGGCAGCCUUCUGGGCGCAUGGUCCGUCCUUUCCCUCAGUGCUGUGGUAUGUCCUGAGACGCUGCUGUUGGAAUGCUGCUUGGCAUCGGGACCAGCUCCGCUGUGCCGGACUGGGACAGAGAAGUGGUUUUCAGGCCAUGCCAGGCAGCCGCUUCCAGGGGAGAGUUAAGAA